AUGAAUUUUGAAAAUAGAUGGGUCUUGAGAUCCGCUCUGAACUUCGCAAGUGAUGGAGAAGUAGUCAGAGAAGUAGGAAGAGAGUUCCAGAGAAAAGGACCAGAAAAAGCAAAAGCAGAUUUGGCAAAAGAGUGUUUAACACGAGUUAAGAAAAAGCGGGAAGAAGAAGACGAUCGUAAACCGGGGCAUUUAGAAGGAUUAGGUUUAAGACACAUAGAGUCAGACCAAGCGAUAAUUGAAGAAAGACAUAGAGAUAAAUUAGGAAGAACACUAUUGAGAUUAGAUGAAGGAAAAGAAGUAUAA